AUGGAUUCGAUUGUUAGGGAAUUUCAACAAUUGACUAGUAGUAGCAAUAAAGUUGCUCGGAAGUAUUUGAGUGGCAACGAUUGGAAUUUGAAUUACGCUUUAAAUGAGUUCUACGAUCAAGAAUUGGGUGGAUUCGUGCAUGAUGUUCCCAGAGAAUACCCAGCGGAGUUAAUUGAGCUAUUUGAAAGGUACAACAACCAGAAGUAUGUAGAUGGUUCCAGUGGAAAUGAGGAAGAUGUUGGUAUUGAUGCGGAUGGACUGAUACAAUUCAUAGAGGAUUUAGGCUACGAACUGGAAGAUUUGACUACUUUAUGUUUAGCUAAUGUUAUGGGAUGCAACAAUUUAACAGAUUGCAUAACAAGAAACCAAUUUCUGGAGGCCUGGUAUAAUAAGAAAUGCUCUAACAUUAAAGACAUCAAGGAUGAAUUGGAGACUGUUGGGGAGAACCUGCGCUCAGAUAUAAAUUAUUUCACAUAUAUAUAUAACUAUUCAUUUGGUUUGAUUACGGAAGAAAACAUGAAAAGCAUACAAAUAGACACAGCCAAGGAGUAUUGGAAGCUGUUCUUCGGUGAUGGAACGCCUCUUCAUAUAGAAAAAGAACAAUUAGAUAAUUGGAACAAAUUCUUAACGAUAAGUGGUAAAAAAACGAUUACCAAAGACGAAUGGAAGAUGAUUUUAGAGUUCUUCAAAAAGUUUCCUACAGUAACUGAAUUCAAGGACGAGUACGAUCCAAUGGACCCAUGGCCAUAUAUAAUGGAUGAAUACCACGAAUACCUAGAAGAAAACGGUAAAUUGAAUUAA